GCAGAAAGAGAGAAGGAAAGAGAGGACGAAAGAGAGGUGUUUCCCUUGGCGAUGGAAACUCUAUAAAGAGAGAGCCGGCUUGUCUUCUCUCGAGCAGCCAGAAAAACAGCGGUGUCGGCCUUGGCCCUGACACCUUCGCUGGGGGCUAGCCCGAGGAACCGGCUGCCAUGCAGCAGCCCUUCAGCUACCCGUACCCCCAAAUCUACUGGGUGGACAGCAGUGCUAGUUCUCCCUGGGCCUCUCCGGGCUCGGUCCUCCCGUGUACGUCCUCCGUGCCGGGAAGGCCUGGGCCGAGGAGGCCGCCGCCGCCGCCGCCGCCCCCAACACCCCCAACACUACCACCGCCGGAGCCCUUAACUCGGCUGCCGCUGCGGCCGCUGAAGACGCGGAGGGACCACAACACAGGCCUGUGUCUCCUUGUGAUGUUUUUCAUGGUUCUGGCAGCCCUGGUGGGACUGGGGCUGGGGAUGUUUCAGCUCUUCCACCUACAAAAGGAGCUGGCUGAACUCAGAGAGUCCACCAGCCAAAGUCCUAGAGCAUCAUCUUUGGAGAAGCAAAUAGGUCAACCCAAUCCACCCUCUGAAAAAAAGGAGCUGAGAAAAGUGGCCCAUUUAACAGGCAAGCCCAACUCAAGAUCCAUCCCUCUGGAAUGGGAAGACACAUAUGGAAUUGCCCUUGUCUCUGGGGUGAAGUAUAAGAAGGGUGGCCUUGUGAUCAAUGAUACUGGGUUGUACUUUGUGUAUUCCAAGGUGUACUUCAGGGGCCAGUCCUGCAACAACAAGCCCCUGAGCCACAAGGUCUAUAUGAGGAACUCUAAGUAUCCCCAGGAUCUGGUGCUGAUGGAGGGGAAGAUCAUGAACUACUGCACUACUGGCCAGAUGUGGGCCCGCAGCAGCUACCUGGGGGCGGUUUUCAAUCUCACCAGCGCUGACCAUUUAUAUGUCAAUGUAUCUGAACUGUCUUUGGUCAGUUUUGAGGAAUCUAAGACAUUUUUUGGCUUAUAUAAGCUCUAAGAAAAGCACUUUGGGAAUUCUCUCCAUAUGGUUCCCUGUUACAGGCACUGAAAAUAUGGUCUUGAAUGAGAGUCUUCUUAAGCCCACUUGAGGUCAAGUGAGAAGACAUGAGCCAAGAGUAUCUAGAGACCACAGUGUCCAGCAGGUCUAUACUUCCUCACCUCAUAAGCCAGACAGGAGGGGGAAUAUGACUGAAGAACUUGAGACUCUGGGCUGCCAUGUGAAGAUGCAGAGGCAGGAAGAAGCAGCUACCAGAGUGUUCUACACUCAUUUUAAGUGUCCAAAAGCAUUUUGGCACAUUGAAAAGGACACCUGUUAACUCACCUCUUGGGGUGGGUCUACUAUCUACCUCAGGGGAGGCUGUCUUUCAGAUAUAUGGAUGUGACAUGAGUGUAUAAGGGAUGGAAAAAGAGGACUAGGCUUGCAUGAUAAGCUAAAGAGGCCACAGGCCCCCUGUCCCAUUGGAAGCAUCUUUACUUCUAAAGGCAGAGCUUGUGCCACCAGGUGAUGGUAAGAGAGAAGUAAAGGGGGAUCUUUUGGGAAGUUGCUCCAUUCCCCAAACAGCGUGUAUAUUUCCAGUGCAAUUUUAGGUGUGUGUGUGUGUGUGUGUGUGCAUGUGCGCUCACAUGCAUGUGACUAGAAGAGUUACGUAAGAAGAGACAAUGUGGAGAUUGUGAAGGACAUGUUAGGAAAACAUGGGUUGCAUUUAGUGGUAGAUUUUGAAUACUUCCUGGCAACUGACUCAGUUGUCCUCAAAAUAGUCCUCAAGACUCUUUAACUGUCAGCUGUUGAUGCUGUUUUCCUAUAAUAUAAUCAGUAUUUAUAUACAUUUUGUGUAUUUUAAUAAAAAGAAUAUGUGUAAUAAAAAU